AUAUUUUUUUUUGUUAUUCUUAGAUCAGGCAAUGCGAAAUUUCCUAAACUUAGCAUACAAGGGAAGCCACUCCGAAAUUAUGUAAUAUAAACAUUAUUGUGUGUACCCCAACAGUUGACAAAGAUUCAAGGGCAUUGGCAACAUAAUCGAGCAACAGGUGGGCUGAAAUAAAAUCUAAUGUUGCAGUAAAAAAUUUGAAUUCUCAGAGUCAUUUCUCAGAACAAAUAAACAGAGUAAUGGCUGCAAAAUAUAUCACGCUAACAGCUUCCAAACACCCAGGACUUCAGUGCUUCUGGACUCACAGCAACAAAUACUUGUUUUUCAGCGGAACGCAAGUAACAACAUUACAUAAACGAUGUUUGGGAUCUUUACUAUACAAGCCGUUGUGUGGUGGUCAGACUUUGUUAACCAGCCAGAAACUAGAAAAACUUCAUGCCGGACAGUUUAGCAGUGGGCCUAUGAGGCAUCUUGCCAAAAAAUUAGGCCUUUCCACUGCUAACUUGGACUCUUUAGAGCAUCAGAUGAGGAGUAUAGGUGAAUCUGUGCGGAAUCUUAAAAAAUCUGAGUGGCGGAACCUUGUGCCCAUUUCCUUGGCAUCACUCCUAAUGUUAUAUCUGAUUAGGAGAAAUAGCAGGCAGAAGUGUGCCACUGCCAUGGAUGCGGAUAAAGAUUCUAUCAUGCUGAAAAUUCACCAGGAAGAGAUGAACAAUCCGAGUAAGCAUUUGUUGAUGGCAACAGGUAACAGUGUUGCCCAGGAAAGAGAAGGUGGCGAUGCGACACCCGAGAAGAACCAUCACAGCACAAACAUUUGCAAAGUGAUGUACAAACCAACUGAAAGCGCUGCAGAGCACAGGGAUGCUAAAUUUCCUUACUGUAUUACCCCGCAUCGCAAAGAUUCUCAGGCUUUGAAUAAAGCAACACCUACAAUGAAGGAGAGGAGUGAGUCUCAGUUCCCUUGCCGUAGAUCACCAGCAGAAAAGUUUAAAAAGGAAUGUGAAGAUAAUUCAUCACAGAAAGCUGAUUCAACUCCAUGCUCUAGAUUACCAUGCAGAGAUGUGGUCAACUGUGAAGCAGAGGAAAUAAAAGAGGAUUCCCAAAGACCUUGCCGAGAUGUAGGCAAGUGUGAAGAAACAGCUCCUGAAGAGAACUCCCAAAGACCCUGCCGAGAUGUACAGAAAUGUGAAGAAACAGUUCCUGAAAAGGACUCCCAAAGACCAUGCUUAAAAUCUUCACCCUGUUGUGAUGAGCGAAAAUCUGAAGAAACAGCAUCAAAUAAAAUGCCCUGUUUGAAAUCCUCACCUUGCAAGGAUGUGAAUAAUGAAAUUGAGGUAACUUCUCUGCAGAAUGAUAAUCAAAACCCAUGCUCUCAGCCUACACCAAGCUGCAAUAUACUAAAUAGUGGAGAUGCAGCGAAUGAGGUCAAAUAUGAGACUCAGCCAUGUAAAGAAGUGGUGGAUGAAAAUGUUGAGCCUUCCAUAAAACAAUCUUCUGAAUCAAAUAAUGACAAAGAGGUCUGUAAGCCUACAAUUUUGCCUUGCAGAGACUCCAAGCGAAAAGUUGAUUCCAAGGUGGCAAACAAGGCCAAGAGACUAAUCAGACUUAGCUCACCAGAAAAGCCAUCAAAAGACAAAUACAGCAUUGCUCUUUUGGAGAAUGCUCAAGUUGUAAGUCAGGACCCAAAGACAGCCGAAGCGUGUCUAACUAAGGAGCAGAAGCAAGAUUCCGAAAAUGAUGGAGGCUACCCUAUCAAAAAAAGGUCACAGCUGAACAUUGUUCACACAGCCGGUGGAAAUGCACAAACAGCAGUCAAUGAUAUAUCAUUGUUGACUAUGUGCCAGAGCAAUCAGCAGAAUGCCAAUGCUGGCCCAACCACAUUAUUGGAGAACACAGGCCCAGCGGUGAACUUUUUAACAACUUUAAACAUGCACCAGAACAAUGAUGAAGAGAUUAAAAAUAGCACUGAUCCCUCUGAGGUAUCUGAAAAUGCAGACUUGACAGCGAACAAAUUAGCUUCCCUGAGCACGAGCCAGAACAAUGAUGAUAAUAAUGCCAUUAGCAGUGGUCCCACUGCAAUAACUGAAAAUGCAGACAAUGCAGUGAACCUCAAUAUAAGUCAAAACAACUGUGACGAAAAUAAUGGGGUUACAGCCAGAGAAUCUGAGCCCAAAAUCAGACAAUGUGAAGUCAGUGCUGAGGACAUUGACAUGGACAUGUCCACUGUGGAUAAAAGUGAGAACCCCUCCGACAAGAGCCUUUCCCCUUGUACAACAAACCCACUGUGCUACACUAAGAAGAAGGAAGCAGACUCUCCCAAGUCUCCGUCCAUACUGUGCCUCAAUACAGUGAGCAAAGACAAGUUCUGUGCCCCGGACAACACUAAAUACACUCGGAGAGAAGUUAUUGAAGUCAGUGAUAAGGCCUGCGAUGAAAUCAAAGGAGAAGCAGUUCUCUAGCUCAAACUAUGCUUGUGUGUGCUUUGAAGAGGAUGUCCAACUCAGAAACAAAUGGCUCAGUUUUCCCCUUCAAAGAAAUACAAUUUCUUUCAACUCAUUGAAUUAUUAUUUUAAUUUAAAUCAUAUUUCAAGAAAUUUAUUUAUUGAUUGAUUUUUUGAUAAAUUUAUUUACAUAAGUAUUAACCUUUUUUUUUUAAAGCAAAUCGUUGUCUAAUAGGGCAAUUAAAAAUGUGUAAUAUGC